GACCUAACUAAAUUCGGCUCACCACGAUUUGAUCACAAGGCCUGGGUGAAUGAAGCCUUAGCAGGAGCAUCAAACGAUCAGGAUGUUGAGCAUUUAUCCUCUGGACUUAUAGUCAAGCUUCAAGCCUACAUGGAGGAGAUAAACUCAGAUAUUAUUUCUUCUACGGAGGAGUUCGCAAAUCAUAUACCUCGCAUCUCGUAA